UAGGAAACUGAUCCUUAUGCGAAUUUGUUGAUUUAAUUGAUAUUUAUUCGUGAAAUUCCUUAUUCUCUUAUUUUGUCAUGGGGACUGCAAUUGACAGACAUUUCUCAAGUUUGAGAUUGCUGAGGUGGAUGAGUUUCCCAUGUGGGAAUUGGGAAUCUGCUGUGAAAGGAAUGAGGCUCCGUUAUUCUUUGAGGUUCCUGGAGUUAGUGUUACACUGGAUUGCGUCGAUAUUGAAAUGGGAAUAUCAAUUAUAAGUCCAUAUGAGGUUGAUCGUUUGCUUUGUCUUAUUGAAGAUGUUCCAGAUAUUCUGAUUAUUUGUGAGGAGAGUUUUUCAGAAAAAGAUGGCAACUCCUUACAAGACAGCAAGCUUUGCCAUGAUAUUAAAUUACCCAGUUUUGAAAUUGGUGAAAGUGUUUUGGGGAUCCAUGAAUGCUUUUCCAUGGAUGAAACGUUCAAUGAUCUCCUAGCUUAUUUAAAGCUGCAGAAAAAUGGUGAUGAGUUGGUAGUCAAUGCAAAGGAAUUACUUGGAUCCACGAAUGACAGUUUUUCAGAGCAUUUUUUGACUCAAGCCGCAUCUGAUGGCCUUGACCACAGGCCUCUUCCCCUAAAUUCUUUGUUAGAUUUGGAUCUGAUUGAUCUCAAUGGUUGCAUUCUUCUUGAGGAUAAGUCAGUAAUGUAUCCGAUGGUAUCAGAUGGAAGUUCUCCGCAUGUUCCAUGCUUAACCCAGCUUGAGGAAGUUCAGGUUUUUGAUGGAACUAUGAAUGUUCCUGAUAUGUUUAACAGUUUUAAUUCAGUGGAGAAAGAAGAAUUUUUUGAGCAGAUGUGUAAAGAACAAAUACGAGAGAUGGAAAGCUUUUAUGAGUCAGUACUUACUUCGGAGCUUUCUCUUAUGGAUAAUCCAUUCAAGUUUUUGCCCGCUCCAAUUCUUAUUGAUGCUAACAUUUUGAAAUCAGAAUCUAUGAUUAUGGAAGAUAUCUUUAAUGCUAUCAAACCACACUCUUUUUCUGUUUGUGAUGAAAUAUAUUUGGAUUGGCAUCCUCUGUUGGAAGGGGCUUGUAACAAUGAAGCUUGCUCAGCUUUCAUGUCGAUGAUCCAAGAAGUAAGUAGUUAUAGGAUUGAUACCUGUGAGCUUGAAUCCCAAUGUGAACCUUUCACGCAUUCGGAUUUUUAUUUCAUGGAUGAUUCUUUGGGUGAGGUCAGCAUAGAGCAUUGUAAAAAACAUACUGAUGUUCAUAAAAAAUGUCCUGAUGACAUGUUCCCAGCUGUUGAUACUGAUGUUACUGAGGCAGUUAAUCAUGACAAUAGAGAGUCUAAUAGUGCAAAUCAAAUGCCAAAGAACAAUCCAGCCAAGAUUUCUUCGAUGCUUGAGCCAAUAUCACAGUUUAAUGAUCUCAAUUUUUUCUUAGGUGUACGAAAAGGCAGUGCUGAGGUGUCUUCUGGCUUUGAAACUUGUAGUGCAAAUAGGCAUAGUAUCAGGAUCACAUCAUGGGAUACGCUGCAGGAACCAUCUGAAGCAUCCUUUUUUUCUGAAUCAAAUCUUCAAAAGAUUGAGGUCCAUAAAGCUAGUCUAUCAGGUUAUACUUUAAACCUUAUUGAUGAAAUCCAAGCGAUCUAUUUUUCAAACUUAAAUAAGUGCAAACAUUUGAUAAGUAAUAGUUCAUCAUCAACUGCAAUGGAACUAUUAAGCAUUCACAAGGGAAGACUGUUGGAGUUGAUUUCACAUAAAGGUGAAAGUCAAUGUACUUCGGGACCUAGAGAUGAAGCUUUCGUUGCAUUACUUGCAAUAUAUGCCCUCAAACAACUGGCGUACUACUUGUGCUUCUUUGGGAUACAUAUUGCUUACCUCUAUGUGAGCAUUUGUUCAAGUAAUGUGACCAACCUGGCAGAGAGGUUACAACCUUUGCAGUCCUUGCUUCAAGACGCACAUUGGAAAGCUGAGAAAGAAAUUAUUGAAUCACAUCCAUCACUCUCUCUUAUUGAAGGCCUUCUGAAGUCGAAUGCUUCCAAAGGAUGCAAAAAAACUCUAAUUAUAUCAAAUGAAGUGUUUUGGCCUUCACUGAAAUACAAGCUCACUAUUUUGAAAAUUUCAUUUAAUGAAGUUAGGAAUCCAUGCUGUCCCACAGAACAAUUGGAUAUUCUGGAUAAAUGUAGAUCUCCGAAUUCUAUUAUUGAAGCAUUAAUGCACUCAGAUUGCUUACUACUAUCCUAUGAGAACAUUUCAGCUCAUUUUCCAUUCAACAUGUUUAGCAACAUCUUGGAAUAUGGCGGACCACGUGCUACAUCUAUAAUGCCUGAGAUAUUUCCUUGUUUAGGUAGUUUUCCUUGUGUUCACUUUAUCAGAUUUGAUCUGGAGAAUCAUUAUCUUGCAAAGGCACUUUGUGAAGGCUUUGAAGCCUCAAAGAAUUCCUUGAUUUCCCCGGAGACGCUUCCAAGAUGUAUGGCAUAUCUACAAGGGUGCUUAACUGAUCAGAACACCGAAGGAUUACUCACUCAAUUCCCACUCAACAAGGCGUGUAAUAAUUCAUGUGAAUCUACAUGCACAAUAGAACCCUCCCAUGAUAAUGACAAUUACAUGAACAUGCUGCAUCUGCCAAGUUCGAACUUGACAACUGCAAAGGCCAGCUCAGUUCCGGAGGUAGUCAUAAUUGUAAACACCCAAAACAUAGACAAAAAUAUGAUCAUAUCAAGAAGAAGCUCUUAUCAGAAAAUUUUGGAACUUGAAAAGAGAGGUGUGCAAGUUGUGGAGCGGGAUAUUAAUCUCCCAUUAGAUGUUAUCUUCAGUGCUGCUGUUUGCCUAGUUUGGUACGAGGCGAGAAAUAUUGUGGACAAGACACAAGCUGUAGUUAACAUGUCAACAGUACUUGCUUUCGUUGAGAAUAUUGCAACUAAAAUUUUGAUGUCGCUCAGCUCUUCUUUCAGCGGCUGCAUACUGAUCUUUGAGGGAGAAAGAAACUUCCUUGCAUCCAUCAUGGAAUCAUCGGACAUGCUUUAUGCAGCUGCAGCAAGUCUUGACUUGAACUUACAAUUGUUCUGUUCACAUAUGGCUGAAACCACUGAUGACAUUAUUCUGAACUGUAUCAGGACGACUAGAUCAAAAGAUGGAGGUCUUUACUCAGCAAUGCCGGAAUCAGAAUGUCUUGCUGAAUCAUUUUUUACAAGGUUCCCUUCUUUGAAUCCACUCUCAGCGCAUGCAAUACUUUCUUCCGGUGGCAUGCUUGUUGAGUUUUUCCAAUGGUCACAUGAACGCAGAAUUCAGGCUAUCGGUAAGUAUAAGGUGCCUGCGGAAAGCAUUUCUCUUUUCAAUGCUUUAUGCAGAUAUGGGGAGUUGGGAGAAUCCAAAUCUGUGAUGACAGAUUGUUCGUCCAUUGAUUCAGAUAAUAGUAGCGGCACGCUACAAUCCAAAAGAAAAAAACAAAUUUCUGCAUUACGUUAUGGCACACCUCGCUUGCUUGUGGAUGAAUCCUUUUAUGUUGAACCAAAUGAGUUGAACUAUAGAAGCAGUGUGAUCCCUCAGGCGUCCCAACCGUACCAAUCCAAGAAUAUCAGGUUUCAUGAUUUACCAGAGAAGACUCGAUUUUUCAGCAACACAAAUAUGGUGGACGGAAAACAUGAAGCAAACAAUUCUAAGAUGAGCAGUAUUGGUGGGAAUACUUCUGUCAGACACAGCGAUCCACAUGAGAAAUUCCACAAUGAUGUUUUUGAUUACAAAUUUAGCUUCUUAGAUGAGCCAUGUUCCUCAAUCCCAAGAAGCAGAUAUAAUCCAGGGAGAUCAGACUUGAGAUGUGAACCAAUCGUUGAGAACUUUCUUUCUUCUAGCAGAUUAUUGGAUGGCCAUACCUGUACAUUUCCGACUGCUGCAGAAAUCAACUAUUCCGAAAAUGAUUCGACUAAUUUUUACAAAAAAAAUGGCUCCGAGAUAGAAUCCUGCGAAAUUAAAAGCCCAUUCUUUAACAAAGAAUUGCCUAUUAAAAGUAAUGAGUUCUUACAUCAGAAUCAAACGGAUACCCUUGGACUGCUUAACAAGCCAAAUAGACUUCCAUCUCUUGGUGAAUUGCUUCGCUUAAAUGUAGGUCAGCCUUCUCAACAACAAUGUAGACAAAAAGGCAUUAUUGAAUCUCUUGGAAAAGCAAAUGAGAAAACUAGAAUGCAUCAACAGUUUUUAAGCAACACGCGCCAAAAUUAUCCGGGGUAUUUGAAAAGAAAAGCUGCUUUUCAGAAAAAAAGCCCGUCAAUUAUCGACAGCUUCAGGUACCAAGGAGGUAAUAAACAAGUAAAGGGAGCAGUAAAUAAGCGAAAGAACUUAACCCGGGCACAACCAAGUCUGCGGGAUCUGGAUCAGAAGGACUCAGCCUUAAUAAUUCCGACAUGGACACCGAUUGAUAAGCGAGCAAGACAGCAUCUGGCUUUCAUACGCACUGGAAAUGAUCAACAAAGCAGACUUGCCUGGAGAAGAAGUGAAAGCCCUCGUGUACGUUCUGGUUCGAGGAAAAGGCCGAGAGAUGAUGUUUAGGUAUGUCAAUUAAUGUUGUAUACUUAUAGAAUUUCCCAUGGUUGAACUGUAGGAGUUGUAUUGUGGAUGCAACAUAUUUUUAAGCCUUUUGACAAACAAAUGGCUUUAGGUUAUUCCUAAGCGAAAGUAUGCAAUCAGGUCUAAACUAAUAUUACGGUCAA